AUGGUUGGUGAUUCUUAUAAACUUUUAUCAGUUCUUUUUAGACUUUAUGAAGAUGUUCUUAAUGAUUAUUUAUUCAAGUAUACAAGAAAGUAUAAUGAUAAUGAGUAUUUUACUAAUUUAUAUGAUCAUCCCAUGCCUGAGUAUACUAGAAUUUACUAUAAAAAUGUUAUUGAUAGAAUUGAAGGUAAUAAAUCAUUAGUUGAUUUUUUAAAUCAUAUGCUUGAUCAUUAUGAGUAUUUUGAUUUUAUUGCUAUGAAUAUCUUUACUACUGAAAUAUCAUCUGUGGUGUUAGUUGAUCCUAAAAUUACUGGUAGUUAUAAAGGAAUUUGUAACUUGGGUGAUAUUAGAGACUUUAAAGAAAAAUUCUUUCCUAAAUUAAUAUUUAAAUUAUUUAAUUAUACAAUUGAUUAUAUAAUUGAUAAUGAUAUUAUAAAAGAUGAGGGAUCAAUUUCUAAGAAUAGUUUAAGUAAGACAUUAACAGAUCAUAUUUCUAAUUUUAAGGAUCUUUUAAGAUUGAUUUAUGAAUUUUGUAUUAAUCAAGAGAAGUUAAUUGAUGAAAUUAAACAAUUUGAAUUUAAAGAAUUCUCAAAAUGUCAAAACGUUAUAAAAAUUGAUAAAUAUGAUUUAUACAGAAAUAUUUAUAAAAUUGAUAGUGGAAUAAUAGGUAAACAUAAAGAUUUACACUGUAUAGGAUUUGGAGUUAAUCGUAGUUCAUUUAGAGAAAGUUGGGAUAAAAUGAUUUGUGAGAGAUUAUAUUUUAAGAUCAAUAAUGGUACUAAUAGAUAUAAACUUCAACCUAUUUUUAUAUCAUUUAAUAUCUUGAAUAUUAAAUUAACACAAUAUAGUUUAUCAAUUAAUAAGUUUCUAAGACCAUUCAAAUCACUUCAAGCAAACUUCCCAUUUAGAGAUUUGUUUUUUAGUAAAUCAUUAGGAUAUGAUAUUAGAACAACAUUAGUGGGUAUUAUAGAUACACUUAAUAAAUUUAAAGGAGAUGUCAAAACAGUAGAAGAAUUAUUUAAAAAUGAAUCAAUUUCAACAGUGUUAUUUAGUAGUUUAAAUUCAAUUGAUUGGAUAGUAAGUUUUUAUACUUCCAAUCCAAAAUAUUUUAUUUUAAACUUAGAAUUUAUAAGAGAAGGUUUAAUAAAUAAAAAUUAA